AUGGGGUUGGGAAGACGUUGCUCUGCGCUGUUCAACAGGGACAACCAGCAGGUUGCCCCCCCCUUGACGUGCCCCAAGGCAGCAAUGAAAGCCCUCGCGGACCAGCCUAUCUGUACCUCGGCCAGCCAUUUGAUGCAAGCACUGGACGGUAUCUGCCUGGAACACGGGUCAUAUCCAAGUGUCUGGAUGGGUUCUCAGACCCACACGGAGCAUCUGGGGGGCAACCCUGGCUGUCCUCCUAUCACCAACACGGGUUCUGAGCACACGGUAUUUUAUGACGGCAAGCUCGAUGCUUUUCGCCGCUUCUUCUCGAAUGGUGUGGUCGCCACGUGCGGGGCUGACCUCUCAAUAAGAGCUGUUUGUAACCCGGAUACGAGUUGGAGUCCGUCCACAAUCAAAUGUGAGAAAGCGCCGGUUACAGGAUCAUGCCCGCCGCUCACUUUGUCUGGGCGAGGCGCCAACGGGCCUUUCGUGCUGUACAACCAGGACCCCAACAGCGACGGCCGAUAUCCUGCAAACACGGUUGCGACCGCCAAGUGCUUGGAUGGUUAUAUAGAUUCAAACGCCGCCAGCGGCUUCUCGUCAGGCGCUUACUGCCAAUCAGACGGGACGUGGACGGGGUCGUUGACUACCGCGACAUGCAAGGAUGGCUGUCCUUCUGCGAUACAAGUGAACGGUAACCCGCCCGGUCAAGUGUGUUACUCGGGCGUCCUCGGCCGUAAUAAUGGCCGCUACUCGGAUCGCGUGUACGCUAGGUGCAGCAUCAAUUCGAACGACCCCAACGGUGCCGCCGUCUGCACGCCGUUGGGCACUUGGUACCCGUCGUCCAUAACCUGCGCGGCCUCGGCCUGCGGUGCAAACGACCCCCAUUUCGAACUCACGGGGCUGGCCGCUACGAACGAUACGUUUACAUUCGACUUCCACGGACAGAGCCAAAUGUGCUAUUGUGCUGUGACGGACACGCGGCUGGCGCUCAACGUGCGCAUGUUUGGCCUUCCCCCGGGCACCACGAUCCUCGAGGGCCGCCGCGACGACCCGUUCUUCGAGGGCACGUGGAUGGACGCACUGGGCAUCUUGUACGCUGACGUCAACGGGACGAAUCAUAACGUCAGCGUCGUCAUGGAUCCGGACCUGGACCGGGCCGGCCAGCCGUCGCUGUCCGUCGCGUUCCAGAGCCAAGCCGUCGCCGAAUACAAGGGCCAGUCGAAUGCCACGUGGACCAGCUCAGACGGCGCCACGUCCAUCACGCGCGACUUCCGCAACGGCUCCGACUCCGUUCGGGUUGUCAUCGCCGGACUUCUGGACGUCAACAUCGUGACGAGCCGUGAACAAGAGCUGAUCACCGACCCCCCGAUCCACUUCCUCAACUUCUUCAUCAACUCGAUGGCGGUCGGCCCGUCGGUUCACGGGAUGUACGCCCCGGGCGCUGUGGAGGCCCGUCUGGCAAUGGGCACGCUCGAGGGACUGCGCCACCGCGAGUACGUCGAGGGAGCAGACGACGACUACCAGACGUCAUCCCUGACGUCACCCGACUGCAGCUUCAACCGCUUCGGACAGGCCUCCGAUGCUGGUGGGAACGUCGCUGACGCGUCUGCUAUAGGCGACAGCUCACUUCUCGGGAGCAAGGGCGCCGGCCCUCAGCGGCGCCUACGCGCACUCGACUCGGUUCGCCCAAUCUUGCCGUCCGUCCGCCAGGUCCGCUGCCGCAGGCUCGAUGACCGCAACGCUUUUGAGUGCGCGGUUGGCGAAGCGUGA